AUGGAGUUGUCGCUAUGGGAUACAGCCGGACAAGAAGAGUUCGAUCGGUUGAGGUCGUUAUCCUACGACGAUACACAGGCUAUAAUGCUAUGCUUUAGCGUUGAUAAUAGAGGAUCACUGGAGAACGUAUCGACAAAAUGGCUGGCAGAGAUCAAUGAGCACUGUCCAGGCGUAAAGAUCGUGUUAUGCGCCUUGAAGUGUGAUCUGCGGGAAGAGCACGAGAAAGACGACGCCAAUGCACCGGAUCUAAUUCAAUACAACGAGGGCCUCGAAGCUGCGAAGAGAAUUGGGGCGCUGCGAUAUCUUGAAUGCUCGGCAAUGAGGAACAGAGGCGUCAACGAAGCAUUUACAGAAGCUGCCCGAGUUGCUUUGACCGUUAAGCCUGCAAAGGUGAAAGAGAGCAGCAAAUGUGUUGUUAUGUGA